AUGGUCCUUGGGGUUGACAACAGCGAGGAGGCUUGGCGCUGCAUCGACAAGCGGGUCAACGUGUACCCUCACUUGCGAGAGUUCACCGCCAUCGGGUCGGGCGGCAGCAGCUUCCGCCAGUCAAUGGUCAACGCCGUGCAGGCGGUGGUCGGCCACGUCGAGCGCGUCACGCAGCGCCAGUCCACAAGCGGCCGCUAUGUGAGCGUGACCGUCGGCCCCGUGCUCGUGUCGAGCGCUGACGAUAUUCUGGAGGUGUACACGCGCAUGAAGAGCGACGAUCGGCUGAGAUACUUCCUGUGA